AUGGAGAGUUCGUCUUGGACUGCGGUCCUGUUGACUUUGUUCGCAAUUGGGGGAACUUUUGCGCUCCCAGCAGACCGAGAUAGAGGGAACAGUUCGUCUACAUUUGUCAACGGCAAUAUACACCAACAAUUUCGAAGAGAUCGGGAUCCGACCAGCUUCGCAUGGGUUCAUCGCCUGGCAGCUAUAGGAGAUAGUUUUACAGCAGGUAUUGGAUCAGGGAAUCAACUUGGAUCUCUUUUUAAUAAUCAAGACGACUGGAAAUGCUCUCGAUAUGACAUGUCCUAUCCAGUACUGGUUAAUAACUUGAUUGGGCCAUCCGUUGACGACUUUCAGUUUCCUGCUUGUAGUGGAGACCGAUCAGUACAAAUCUAUGAUCAAGUUCAAAAAUUGAAAGGAGACGUGAAUUUACUCAUAAUGACGGCUGGGGGCAAUGACCUUUGCUUGGCCGGCAUGAUCAAGAAAUGUGUGAUGUUACCAUUCGAAGGAGAAGCAACAUGCGACGCAGUCAUUGACAAGGCCCAAGAGAAUAUAAAUUCGAUUCUUAAGCCAAACCUAAAAGAUAUCCUCAAAUCGUUGGACGGUAAGAUGGCCAAAGACGGCAUCGUUGUAUAUAAUGGCUAUGCUCGCUUUUUCAACACGGAAAAUGAUGCUUGUGCAAAGGACCAGAAGUGGCACAUGGACCGAUGGCUGCCAAAGUACUGGUUCAAGUCAGCUAUUCGACUUACAAUUGAGAGAAGGAAAAGGUUCAAUAAGCUCGUCGACGAUAUUAACGCUGCGAUCAGAACAGUCGUUGAGGAAACAGCCAAAGAAGUCAAAUACACAAUUGGCUUUUCGAACUGGGAUCCUUGGCCAAUCGAUGGAGUCAAGGGGCAAAUGUGCGAUCCAAUAUCCACUGGAAGAUAUCCAGAUCCCAAACAGCCUGAUCUCCAGUUCUUCAAACCCAAUACUUAUAUUGCUCCAGUCAUACACGACGAGUUGAAAAGGAGAGCAGAGGAGAAUGUGUUGGUCCACGACGAGAAGUCGAUAGAGGGCAAGGGCGCUGUCGACAAAAGAAUAUACGAUAGUUUACUUUGGAAAUCACCUCAUCCUAGGGCUGUGGUCCUCCACAAACUGAAUCGCCGAGCUCCAUCGCCUCCUAACUGCCCGGGAGACAACGACUGGAUCGACCCCACCCUCGGUCUUGGGCUGCCAGACAGUUUUGGAAAGCUUUUCCAUCCAAAUGAGCUAGGCCACCAAACCAUUGCUUCUUUUGCACUAGCAAAGACCAUUGACCUUCGAGCAAAAGUUUUGGGCAUAGAGCCACAGACGUGCGAGAUUGCAGACGAGUUCAAAUGUUGGCAGAAGGAAGGUCGCAAGGGUUACGCAACGGCGGAUAAACUGAACGAGAAUUAUAAAGACUUUUGCGAGGGUAUACAACAGCCCGAGCAUGAGGUAGGAUGGAAGUCGGAGAAAACGUACUUCAAAGAUACACCAGAUGAACAGAGUUUUCUAGUGCAGCUCGGCCCAAAAACUGCAAAGUACAAGAAGGACGAGUGUAUGCAGUCAUUCGAGCGUAUCAUCCAUGGCUGCGAUGGCAACGACCCAAAUAAUCCCCUGAAUUGGAAAUUUGGAGGACGAUGGACAAGAGGCGAGUAUACGUACGAACUUAACAUCAAGCGCAAUAAUAGGCCGUGGCCGGUUAUUAAAGAACCAUACGGUAAAUGCAACGGAGACUGGAAAGUUUUUGGGCUUCACAGCAGUUAUGAAAUUCGAGGCGCGGGCUUUAGUAGCUGGGAUUAUGGACAAAAGACUAUUCUCCCAAGCAUGAAGGGUUGUCUUGGUUUAGGAAUCACUGCCUGGGAGUUCGAUUAUUUCAAAGAGCCAGACAAGGAUGGCAUGGAGUGGAAAUCGACAUUCAAUACGCCAGUCUGGGUCAGGGCUCGGUGUUUCAACAAUAACAAGGUUGUCAAAGGCGCGGGUGGGUACACGAAUGGUUGCAGUGGAUCAGACUGGUAG